AUGUCUGGUCGUGGCAAACAAGGAGGUAAAGUGAGGGCUAAGGCGAAGACUCGCUCUUCUCGUGCUGGGCUCCAGUUCCCGGUAGGCCGAGUGCAUCGUUUGCUGCGCAAAGGGCAUUAUGCAGAGCGCGUCGGAGCCGGGGCGCCGGUUUACCUGGCUGCGGUGCUGGAAUAUCUGACGGCAGAAAUCUUGGAGCUGGCCGGCAAUGCUGCUAGAGAUAACAAGAAGACAAGGAUUAUUCCUCGACAUCUCCAGCUUGCUAUCCGCAACGACGAAGAACUGAACAGGCUUUUGGGCAAAGUCACUAUUGCUCAGGGAGGAGUUUUGCCUAAUAUCCAGGCUGUCCUUUUGCCCAAGAAAACUGAAAGCCAUAAAACCAAGAGCAAGUAA